AGAAAACCGAAUCAAGAAUCAAGUCCACAGUCCACUCAGCACAGUGAUGACCAAAAACUCCCGGUCUGCUACCGAAAAAAUGUCCUCCUCACCCCGGCAGGCCCAAAAACCCGCUUUAUACAUACAUAACCUUGUCGAUGGCCAUCGCAUGUGGUUAAUCAAUCGAGCACAUGGACUCAUAGAUGCGUUGAUGGGGAUCCCGGAUCCGCAUCAAUGUCGCUAUCGCCGGGCUAAUCCCCGUGCUCAACCACCCCGCAUUACUCGGUCCGAAUCCCCGCAGCCACCGAUGCAGUUCACCCCACUAGUUAACCUAGCGGGGCGGGACGACAUCAUACAUAGCAUGGCGCUGGUCAUGGCGGACAUUCUAUUUAAUGGCGACCUCCGACUGAACCGUGGCCCUUCUCUCCAGUCUCUGUACCUUCCUUACAAUACAAACACCUAGUAACACUCGCAACAUACCUACCAGACAAUGGCCACCGAACCACUUUCCCCCAUGGAGUACCGCUUCCUGGGCCGCUCGGGACUGAAGGUCUCGGCCAUUUCCCUGGGAGGAUGGCUCACCUACGGCGGCCACGUCCAAGACGAACAGACCUUCGCCUGUCUCGAGACCGCAUACAACCACGGCGUCAACUUCUUCGACACAGCCGAAGGCUACGGCGGCGGCUCGUCGGAGGUAGUGAUGGGGCGGGCCGUCCGCGAGCUCGGCUGGAACCGCUGCGACGUGGUCAUCAGCACCAAGAUCAACUUCGGCGGCGGCAACAGCGCGCACAAGUCGCGGGCGCAGAACACGAUAGGACUGUCGCGGAAGCAUGUUGUUGAGGGUAUGCGUGCAAGUCUGGAUCGCAUGGGGCUCGAGUAUGUCGACUUGGUGUAUGCGCAUCGCCCCGACAGACAGACGCCCAUGGAGGAGGUCGUGCGCGCGUUCAAUCAUGUUAUUGAGCGCGGUUGGGCGUUCUACUGGGGAACUAGUGAGUGGAGCGCGGAGGAGAUUGCUGAUGCCUGGAGGGUGGCGGAUAAGUUGGGGUUGAUCGGGCCGCUGAUGGAGCAGCCGCAGUACAACAUGCUCUCCCGUGAGAAAGUGGAGAAAGAGUUCCACGCGCUGUACGCGCGCCACGGCCUCGGACUCACCACCUUCUCGCCCUUGAAACUCGGCAUCCUGACUGGAAAAUACAACAAUGCCACGAUCCCCGAGGACUCCCGCUUCGGCGAAGCCAACAAGAAUGCGGACCCCUUCAUCACUGGCUUCCGCGAGAAGUUCGGCAACGAUAAGGAGAUGAAGGAGCAGCUGGCGACCACGCAGAAGAUCGGAGUCAUCGCUGAGGAGCUCGGUGUUCCCCAGGCACAGCUCGCCAUCGCUUGGAUCCUCAAGAACAAGAACAUCAGCAGCGUCAUCACGGGCGCGAGCAGGCCCGAGCAGGUCAUCCAGAACAUUGGCGCACUUCAGGUGGUCGAUAAGCUUACGCCUGAGAUUAUGAAGAGGAUUGAGGAGGCCCUCGGUAAUGCCCCGACGCAUGAGCCGGAAAGGUUUGGUGCGCCGCCGGAGAGUUUGGGUAUUCAGAGAUCGUAAGCAUGGGAUAACUGCGGCAUUGGGAUGUCUUUUAUACCUAAACAUGUAAAUGAUCAAAUGAACGUCCGUUGAUGUCACUACUUCUCUCUGGG